AUGGUCCAAGCUGCUAAAAGCUCUUCAACAGUUACAGGUUACAGCUGCAGUGUGCACGGCCAGACCAACAAACACGAGAAGACGAAGAGAGAAAAGAAGUGCUCUGUGCGGUGGCUGGCGUUCUCGAUUUGUUGUUUCAACAUGUCGACAAGGGCCUUUGAAACUCUCGGCCGUGUAAGCGAGGACGGACAUCUUGUUCGAUUUGGGUCAAGAUUCGCCAAGUUUGUCCAAGAGGCCGUCCUGCUGUUAGCGAGAUCUUGUGUGCUAGCUGUCAGCGGGGUGGCGAUGCCAUUUGACAGCUUCACCAGGCCAGGGUGUCAGAGUUGUCCUUCAGUUGGAGUCUCUCAACGAGGCAUGCUUGGUAUCUUGAAAUUCAACCUCAAAACAAUAUCAUGCACAAUACUAUAA